UUCCCCAUGUAAGCAAGCAAGCAAGCAAAACAGAGAUUAUCUGAAAGCCAACGGUUAGCGUCUUCGUGGAAGAAUACUAAAUAAUAAUUUGUGGAGGCUUGGUGUUAAGAAAGUUGUAAGCUAAGAAGGGGAAUGAAAAAAGCUGUACUUGUGGACUGAGUUGUUUUCCAGGUCGACUCGAAUGCCACCACUUCCGUGUUAUGGAUGAAGUAGUCUUGGUCCGCCAAAGAGCGUAUGUUAAGCAGCGUCUCCUCGGACGCGGAGGAUUUGGAAAUGUUUACCUUGUUAGAGACAAAGACGAGAACGAUUUUUUACGCUCUGAAACAAAUUCCUAUCCAGAAUUACAGCCAUGCUGAAGCAAUACGAAAGGAGUUUCUGGCAAUGCUGGUGUCACUUCGGCACCGCCAUAUCAUCCAUCUAUUUAGUUGUUCCAUCUCGAAAACAGGCAAAUCACAGCUCGUCGCCAACUUUAUAAUGGAGUACUGCACGGGAGGAACGCUAAACAAAAGGCUUUCUAAGCCCAGUUCACAUGCAGUGGACCUCAAAUGGAUGAUACAGAUAGCUGAUGCCGUGUCUUUCCUGCACCAUAAGGACAUCGUUCAUAGGGACCUCAAGCCAGAAAAUAUCUUAUUGUCCACUCGAGAGAACGCUAAAUUGUGUGACCUGGGUUUGGCUUCCAGCUCUUUGAAAACACUUUCCCCAGACAAGACAUCUUCACGAAAGUCGCGUGAGAGUUGCGAUUAUGACCAGGUAGGGACGCCAUAUUACUGGUCCCCGGAAUUACUGAAUGGUUUUGAGUAUCGCAAAGAGAGUGAUGUUUUUGCUUUGGGACACAUCUUGUUUGCCAUCAAAGAGCGUUGCUUUAUAGAUAGUAAGCGACACCAAAGGCUAUAUGGCGCAUUCGUGAAGACCGACCAAGGAGUAAUUUCCUUCGGGAGAGCACUACAUUGUUCUCCAUUCUCUCAUCUGGUGUUCAGCGACAACAAAAGCGCCGUCGACAAAGCAAUGAGGACAGUCGCAAGUGCUGCUUUGGCUUUCCGUACCGAGUCACGACCUACUAGUGAAUAUAUCUUUCAAUUUCUGAAAGAAACUGCUCGAUCAUUAAUCGAAAGUAGGAAACAGCGCAAGCAAACACUACUGAACAACGUGAACGAGGAAUCACUGCCAUUGGAAAAAGUGAAAGCAAUAAGGGUGUGAAGUCUCGUUAAUAAAAUGAAAUGAAAUCGUACUGUGAGAUCAAAUUGGCGAUUUAUGUCGCCUAUUAUAUCUAAUGCAAGAAAAAUAGAAAACGGUAAAUUUAUCCUUAUCAGCUGCCAAAUUAGGAGUGGUCAGGUAAUUUUAAACUGACGAUGAACAAUGAUUUCGUAUAUAUGGGACAUCAAAAAGAGAGAUUAAAUUAAGAUAUGUUUAUAUUACCACUAGUAAGAAUUCCACCUAAAUCAAAGGUGCUUUAAUAGACUGUUAUUAAUGAUUAUCACCUAAUUAAUUUAUUGUUGCACAUUGGAAAUAAUCAUCGUAUCAAAGGAGGGAAAAUUAAGUGUUGGUUCAUGAACAACGUUAUUAAAGUAAUAAGAGUAAAUAUAGAUGGUUAAGAAAUGCGUCAAAUUGUUCCAGAGGGAACUGUUGGGUUUGAGGAACGAAACGUUUUGGAGAACCUUGAAAAAAGCCUUGAAUCAACGACCUCCGUCAUGCACAUGCGAUGCUGCAUUUAGAAUCAAACGCAAGAUGUGAGAGCACUCACUACCACGGGUUACAACCAAUCUACCCAGCUGAGUGGUGAACAUGGCACACGAAGCAUGAGUGGACAAAAUGACCAGCCCUAAGCAUUUUUGGGGGUCAAGUGAAAUCGUUUUUGUCCUUUUUCAUAUUAUUUCCAUAUUUCUGCUUCUUGUAGGCCCGUAAAUUAUAUUUCAGUCAAAAGAAUACAAAAUAUGCAAAAGUUGGGUUACAGUAGCCUGGGAAUGAGGGUCUGGCAGUGAAACAGCUAAACGCACUGGGAUUAGCUGAAACAAAAUUCACCACUCAACUCACUACAAGGCGAGCCAGAGAACGCCCCCAUACAACAAGUCCAUACCUACUCACAUGACCUGAGCAAGGCAAUUGGAGCUUAAGCUCAUUACUAGGUGAUCACUAAAACUAUAUACACCCCCACUGUUCUUUAACAAAUCCUAAGACAUCAAGUUUCAAUCACAAUUUUAUUUUGUACAUAUUUACAACUGAAUACACAAGCAAAUAAAUGUCUCACAACAUUCAAAA